AUGUCUUUGAGUAAGACCCUCGAGCUGGAGCACUUUGACGAACGCGACAAGGUUCGCCGGGGACGCUCCACCCGCACCAAGAGAGAGGACUCCAGCGCUGGUGGCGGGGGGUCCGGCCCCAGUUCCCGGGGCAGCAGCCUGGUCCCUAGCCCCGCCCACAGCGCCAACUGCAGCUACUACCGGACCCGGACCCUGCAGGCGCUCACCUCGGAGAAACGGGCCAAAAAGGUUCGCUUCUAUCGCAACGGAGACCGGUACUUCAAGGGUCUGGUGUACGCCGUUUCCAGCGACCGGUUCCGCUCCCACGACGCGCUGCUAAUGGAGCUGACGCGCUCGUUGGCGGAUAACCUGCAUCUGCCGCAAGGGGUGCGCACAAUCUACACUUUAGAUGGCAGCAAGAAGAUCACCAGUAUGGACGAGCUGGUGGAAGGCGAAUGCUACGUUUGUGCCUCCAACGAGCCUUACCGAAAGGUCGACUACUCCAAGAUCUCCGUCCCGAGCUGGAAGCCAGGCGCCGGCGCCAGGGCGGGAGCUGCGACCUCGAGUCGACCCGCCACGGCGGAGGGCCGGGAGAGCAAAGACUUCAUCAAGCCCAAGCUGGUGACGGUGAUCCGCAGCGGCGUGAAGCCUCGCAAGGCGGUGAGGAUCCUGCUGAACAAGAAGACGGCGCACUCCUUCGACCAGGUGCUGGCCGACAUCACGGAGGCCAUCAAGCUGGACUCCGGCGCCGUCAAGAGGCUGUACACGCUGGAUGGGAAACAGCUGACCUGUCUGCAGGAUUUCUUCGGGGAUGACGACGUGUUCAUGGCGUGCGGGCCGGAGAAGUUUCGCUACGCUCAGGACGACUUUGUGCUCACACACUGCAGCAAAACGCCAGUUUUUGUUAACGAAUGCAAAGUCAAGGCAUCUCGCUCUACCGCCCCUCCGAAAAAUACAACUCCCAAGACUCCUAGCGGCUCCAGCUUCUCCUCGUCCAAGACUCCGCCCAAAGGCCAGCCCAGAACAAAGUCUCCAGGCCCAGCCAAUCAGGCCUCAGGAUCGCAGUCAGCUGAGAGGUCGUUCAGGUCCAGUCCCUCCCCCACCAGCCCUGGGUCACAUCGCAGCCUCAAGGUUUCUCCGCGUCGAGCUUCCUCCACGGAUGUAAACGGAGAAGCCGAGCAGCCGGAUGACACCCCUAUCGAAGUGAACGGUAAUCGGACCGUUUCUUCCUCCAUGAUCAACGAGAAGUACCAAGUCGGUAAAGUGAUCGGAGACGGGAACUUUGCCGUGGUAAAAGAGUGCGUGGAGAGGUCAACGGGGCAGGAGUACGCUCUGAAGAUCAUCGAUAAAGCUCGCUGCUGCGGGAAGGAGCACCUGAUAGAAAAUGAAGUGGCAGUGCUGCGGAGGGUUCGACAUCCGAGCAUCAUCCAGUUAAUCGAGGUGGAUGAAACGCCCAGUCAGCUGUUCCUGGUCAUGGAGCUCGUCAAGGGCGGCGACCUGUUUGACGCCAUCACCUCCUCCACAAAGUACAGCGAGCGCGACUCCAGCGCCAUGGUGUUCAACCUGGCCGGGGCCGUCAAGUACCUACACCGGAUGAACAUCGUCCACCGAGACAUCAAACCAGAGAACCUGCUGGUGUGUGAGUAUCCCGACGGCACUAAGUCACUGAAGCUGGGCGACUUUGGUUUGGCGACGGUGGUGGAGGGACCGCUGUACACCGUUUGUGGCACGCCGACGUAUGUCGCCCCGGAGAUCAUCGCUGAGACCGGCUAUGGUCUGAAGGUGGAUAUCUGGGCGGCAGGAGUGAUCACCUACAUACUGCUGUGUGGAUUCCCUCCAUUUAGAAGUGAGAAUAACGUCCAGGAGGAGUUGUUUGAUCAGAUCCUCAGAGGGAAACUGGAGUUUCCGUCUCCGGACUGGGACGCCAUCAGCCUCCCAGCCAAGAUGCUGAUCAGUCAGAUGCUGCAGGUGAACGUGGACACUCGCUUCACUGCCGAGGAGGUCCUGUCUCACCCUUGGGUGACGGACGAGGCUCCCGUAGACUCCCACACUGUGAGCAGCACUGAAGAACAGAUCAGUGGAGAAGCACUGGAACCGGAGCAGGAAUCCCCGAUCCUGGAAACCAAACAAGUUCCCUCACCAAUGGUCUAAAACACGUCGACGUUCACGUUUCAUCGACUCGAAACCAAAACACAACAUUGUGCGUUUUGAUCGACUGGAAACCCCCAGACAAGUUCCCCUUGAAUCCGGGUUAGAAGUUUUUUUUCCCCAAUAAAAACAAAAUGAGUUUCAUCAUCUUCAGUUUAGAACACGCCCUGUUUGAUCUUUUGGAAACCAAAAGAGUUAAAGCUUCUGGAAGCCAAACUAAUUCGCCACCCUCGGUCAAGGAUGGGACCAGUUUUCCCCCUACUGGAAACCAAAUGAAUUCUCUUACAUUUGGACUAA